AACUAGCGUUAGCCGGUCCGGCGCUGAGGUUAAUGGUCUCGUGCCGUUCGGGGCUCGGUUUAACGCAGCCGCACGUGCACGCGCUGUCACGCAGCGGUGUAGUUUACAGGAAGGAGCGGCGGGAAGGCGGAGCCGCCGCUGCGGGACAAGUUUCUGUACCCCCCCGCUGCAUUUCCUCGCCUUCUCCCACACUGUCUCUCCGGCUCGGUAAACUUCAUUAAAAACCAGAAAAUGUACCGGUGUUUCGGAGAGCUACUCACCCGGGGAGCGGGCAGCGUCCUGGCCUCGGGCUGCUCCGCCGCUGCCGCCGACUCUGCUCUCCCGGCGUCCGCGUCCCUGCUGCGGUACCGCGGCUACAGCCAGGCCGUGGACCGGGACGACGACCCCAACUUCUUCACCAUGGUGGAGGGCUUCUUCGACCGGGGCGCCGCUAUCGUGGAGGACAAGCUGGUGGAGGGUCUGAAGACCCGGGAGAGCGCCGAGCAGAAGAGGAAGCGGGUCCGCGGGAUCCUGAGGAUCAUCAAGCCGUGUAACCACGUCCUGAGCGUCAGCUUCCCCAUCAAGAGAGACAGCGGAGAGUGGGAGGUGGUGGAGGGCUACCGGGCUCAGCACAGCCAGCACAGGACGCCCUGCAAGGGGGGUAUCCGUUACAGUACAGAUGUGUCUGUAGACGAGGUGAAAGCUCUGGCCUCGCUGAUGACGUACAAAUGUGCCGUCGUCGAUGUGCCGUUUGGUGGAGCCAAAGCCGGAGUGAAGAUCAACCCGAGGCAGUACUCUGACGAUGAGCUGGAGAAAAUCACCAGGAGGUUCACCAUCGAGCUCGCCAAGAAAGGCUUCAUCGGGCCUGGUAUCGACGUUCCCGCUCCGGACAUGAGCACCGGGGAGAGGGAGAUGUCCUGGAUCGCCGACACCUUCGCCACCACCAUGGGACACUACGACAUCAACGCGUACGCCUGCGUCACCGGGAAGCCGAUCAGUCAGGGGGGAAUCCAUGGUCGGAUCUCCGCCACCGGCCGAGGAGUUUUCCACGGCAUCGAGAACUUCAUCAACGAGGCGACCUACAUGAGCCAGCUGGGGAUUUCUCCCGGCUUGCAGGACAAGACCUUCGUCAUCCAGGGUUUCGGUAACGUGGGUCUCCACUCCAUGCGUUACCUUCAUCGCUUUGGGGCGAAGUGCGUCGGAAUCGGAGAAAUGGACGGAAGCAUCUGGAACCCCAACGGCAUCGACCCCAAAGAGCUGGAGGACUACAAACUGGCCAACGGGACCAUCGUGGGCUUCCCGAACUCGACGCCGUACGAAGGAAGCAUCCUGGAGGCCGACUGUGACAUCCUGAUCCCCGCCGCCAGCGAGAAACAGCUGACCAAGGGCAAUGCACACAAGAUCAAGGCCAAGAUCAUCGCUGAGGGAGCGAACGGUCCGACCACGCCCGAAGCCGACCGCAUCUUCCUGGAGAGAAACAUCUUGGUGAUCCCGGACAUGUACCUGAACGCCGGCGGCGUGACGGUUUCGUACUUUGAGUGGCUGAAGAAUCUGAAUCACGUCAGUUACGGUCGACUCACCUUCAAAUACGAGCGAGACUCCAACUACCACCUGCUCAUGUCGGUUCAGGAGAGUUUAGAGAGGAAGUUUGGGAAACAUGGCGGCGCCAUUCCCAUCGUCCCCACCUCUGAGUUCCAGGCCAGAGUCGCUGGAGCGUCUGAGAAGGACAUUGUUCACUCAGGUCUGGCCUUCACCAUGGAGCGCUCUGCCAGGCAAAUCAUGCGAACAGGCAACAAGUACAACCUGGGUUUGGACCUGCGGACGGCGGCGUACGUCAACGCCAUCGAGAAGGUGUUCCAGGUUUACAACGAGGCCGGCCUCAUCUUCACAUAGUCACCUCCGUCCGCCCGUCUGUCUGUUACCCGUCUGUCCUCCAUCACCUCUGCAGGAUUUCUUCGGUUCAUUCCUUCCCUUCAACACGUCUGUUUACGUUCUUCUUCUCACGCUAGACGAGAGGAAACCGCAGGAACUUCGGUUCUCAGCUUCAACGCGGCUGACGCUCCUCUGGAUCUGCACAUAUCGAGAGAGACGACAGAAAUAUACAGACAACAAGCCUUAAUGCCACAGAGACACUUUGUCACCAUUUGCCUCCAACACACCAUGUGGCCAAAACUAUGUGGACACCCUCGUUCACAAACCUCAGUGUUGUUUUGGUCUGUUUUCCUGUUUUGGACUCGAUCAGUCGAUUGAUUGAUUAGUGUUUCCCUACCUGAGCGAUCAUUAAGCUCUUUUUCCACUAAUAUUUGCUCUUUUUUUGUGAAUUACUGGAGAGUUUCAGGUCUUUCAAAACAUAUUCAAACAAAGUUUCCAGUAGACGUCACAAGCCAAAACGGUCGUUGAAUUAAAAUUAUUAACUAAUUGUUUGUCAAAUGUGAAUAUUUCCUCAUUUCUUCGUCUUUCUCGAUACUAAACUGAAUCUCUUUGGGUUUUGGACUGUUGGUCGGACAAAGCAAGACAUCUGAAAACAUCGCGUCACUUCUCACUUCGGCUGCGACGAACAGUCGAUUAAUCUGACGAUUAUUAUAUAGAUUAAUCAUGCAAGUCCAUAAAAUGUCAGAAAAUAGCGAAACAUGUCCGUCGCAGUUUCCCCAGAGUUAAAGGCGACGUCUUCAAGUGUCGCGUUUUGUCCGACCAGCAGUCCAGAACCCAAAGAGAUUCAGCUCAUAGUCAUAAAAACCUGAAAAUGUUCACAUCUGAGAGGCUGGAAACUGAGAAUUUUUGGUUUAAAAAUGAAAAAACAAUUAGUUGAUUCUCCCAAUAGUUAAAGAUUAAUUUUCUGUAAUCUACUAAUCCAGUAGUUCCCAGCAUGUUUCCACCAGUUGUGACCAGUUCAACCAAAGACUCGUUUCCUUGUUUUGUUUGAAUACUUUGUAAAAGGCUUGAAACGAUCCAGUCAGCGAUUUACAAUAAAACAGAGAAAAGCUGCAAAUCUUGACGCUGGAAGCAGAGAACAAACGAUGAAUAACUGAAACCAGAAGAGUGGAGGCUGUCCACAUACUUUUGGCCACAUAGCGAACGCCGCGUCUACAUGUUUGUCUCCAGGUCAAGAGCUCGUAUCUUCUUUUUAUAUAAUGCAGUGCACAUGUGCCUCAGGACUUUAGCUUUAAUAUUUGCAGCCUUUGGAGUGUGAGUUAUUUUUUUUAAAGGACCAUUCUGGUGUUUUUGUGUGUUUUAAUUCCAAAUCAGAUUUGACAUUGAUUGAUUUCCUUCCUUCAGGCAGCCGCUGGUUUCACUUCAUUUCUAUAAGAAUCCACUUUGCAAAGACCUGAAACACAGCCUGCGUUUACUUUAUUCUUUGUUAAAUAUGCUUUGAUCCUUCCGCUACAGUAAGGUCUUAAAACACUACACGUCUUUCAGCAGUGCAAUCAAAUAUCUGACGUGAAAAACCUCCGUUAGCUUCUCCUGCUAGCAGAGACACUUAGCUGCUCGUUUAGCUUGUCUGCAGUUAACGGGCGACAUAAAGUUUCAUUUUUUUCCCGCUCAGGUCACGACACAGUCGCAGCUAAUGCUAAUGCUAAUCUUUGCAGUUAAACUAAGCAGCACCGCGCCCCGUGGCGGGACUGCGGACUCGUUACAGGCCGUUCUGUAUCGGACACGAGUCUAAUUAAAGUACAAACUCCUUUUUUUUUUUUUUUUUUUUGUUUACAAAGGACGUAUCAUGUAUGAACAAAAACUUUCUCUAUGUAAUUCUGCAAACACAAUGCGGAGUUUACGCGCUGCUAACUCGUGUCCCGGCCCCCGGGGGCCACAGACUGGUCAACAGACGCACAGACCGAAGCUUCAGCCGGCUGUAAACUGCAGCUCGCAGGGGAAGCUGUUCGCUGAACUGGUGUUUUUGUUUUUUGUGAUUUUUUUCAGCGACGCCACAGAGAAUAUCGAGACCUGAUUUAUCACUGAAGCGUCGUCUCUCAGGGUGGGGAGCUGGGGGUUACAUGCUGUAUGUGGGGGGAGAGUUAAAACAAACUGUAUUUUCUGUCCAUCAGCCCUGAUUUAAACUGCUCUGGGAGUCUGUGUGCGGGAGUUUUUAUGCCUUUUUGUUAAAACGAAAUAUUAAAGCAAAACAAAGUCACGUGUGUUAGUGUUUGUUUCUUCUUUUUAAAGCUUUACUCGGGUUUAACUUCUCACCUGGCCGCAGUGAUGUACAGGUGUACCCCAGGACACUGUGACAUCACUGCUGGGUGCGGUUACAGGUGCGACGCCUCUGACGGCAGCCAAUCACAGAGGGGAAGCAGACGGACGCUGCUGUUCACACUCUUUGAUCUGACACGCUUUGUCAAAAUGAGAUUCAUAAUUAGGACUUUAUUAAUCAUGUAUCUUGUGUUAUUGUGCUUCAGAAUAUUUUAAGUUUGUGAAUAUUUCGAAAUCCAAAGUCAUAAUUUUGACACAGUAAGUUUAAAUUCUGAGUGAAGUCAACUCUGAGAUACUACGACAUAAACAGAUCUCAUAAUGUUGACUAACUAUGAGCAUUUCUGUUUUUGUCGUGACAUUUGAUCCAUUUUUCUCUCCUGGCCAGACUCUGCUUCUCAUUAAUCACUUUUAAACUAAUAGGCUCAGAUAUUUCUUGGGGUUUUUAUUAGACUUAAUUGAUAAUGAACAGCUUCACAGUAGUUUUAUAAUUUAAUCAUCAGUUAAACAGAUGCUGAAACUCUUCUGAUUUUACUUCAGUCAUAAAACAAAUAAUAAAACAAAUAAUAAUUCA